AAUCGCUCGAUAACAAAAAAAAAUGUUGCUCCGGUCAGCUCGCGCCGCAACCCUAGCCUCCAUUCGCCGCCUCUCCACCGCCGCAUCGGAGACGGCGGCCGGAAAUCCGGUAAAGCCACACGGAGAUGGAGGCGUCGGAGGCGGCGGAGGCGGCGGCCGCAGAGACACACUUGGGGGGAGGCUGUUGGGCCUUGUGUAUCGGAAACGCAGCGCCGUGGUUGCUAUCCGGAAAUGGAAGGAGGAAGGCCGUACUGUCCGCAAGUACGAGCUCAAUCGUAUCGUCAGAGAGCUUCGUAAGCUCAAGCGUUAUAAGCACGCUCUCGAGAUAUGUGAAUGGAUGGUUUUGCAGGAGGAUAUUAAACUGCAACCUGGUGAUUAUGCCGUCCAUUUGGAUUUAAUUACUAAAAUUCGUGGUUUGAACAGUGCGGAGAAGUUUUUCGAAGAUAUUCCUGAUCGAAUGAGAGACCAUUCUGUCUGCACAUCUCUUCUCCAUACGUAUGUGCAGAGUAAGCUGUCUGAUAAAGCCGAGGCUCUGUUUGAGAAAAUGUCUGAAUGUGGUUUCUUGAAGUCCCCUCUGCCUUACAAUCACCUGAUAUCCAUGUACAUAUCAAAAGGCCAACUUGACAAGGUCCCAGUACUUAUUCAGGAACUAAAGAAGAAUGUCACGCCUGAUAUUGUCACUUAUAAUCUAUGGUUGACGGCCCUUGCCUCUGAAAAUGAUGUCGAAGCUGUGGAGAAGGUCUAUCUUAAGCUGAAGCAGGCAAAGCUAGAUCCAGACUGGGUGACUUUCAGUGUCCUAGCCAACUUGUACACAAAAAAUGAUUGUCUUGAAAAGGCAAAACUUGCUUUGAAAGAGAUGGAGAAGUUGGUGUCUAAGAAGAACCGGGUGGCUUAUGCUUCUCUGAUAAGUUUGUAUGGAAAUAUUGGGGACAAAGAUGGGGUCAACCAAACAUGGAAGAGGAUGAGGUCGUGCUUUCGGAAAAUGAAUGAUGCCGAGUACCUUAGUAAGAUAUCUGCACUGGUGAAACUCGGUCAAUUUGCAGAAGCCAAAGAUAUCUAUGAUGAAUGGGAGUCGGUUUCUGGGACCGGAGAUGCUAGGAUACCAAACCUAAUUCUGGCGGAGCACAUGAACAGAGGGGAGAUGCAUUUGGGAGAAACGUUUUUUCAAAGAGUGGUGGAAAAGGGCAUUUCCCCAAGCUAUUCUACAUGGGAAAUUCUUACGUGGGCCUAUUUGAAGCAUAAAGACUUGGAUAAGGUAUUAGAUUGUUUCAAGAAGGCCAUUGGUUCUGUGAAGGAGUGGACUCCGAAUCUAAGACUGGUUAGAGAGGUAUGCAAGGAACUCGAGGAUCAGGGGAACGUCGAAGGAGCUGAAGAGCUAUUGAAUGUUCUUCGGAAGGCUGGCUAUACGAACACUCAGCUUUACAACUCGCUUCUACGUACUUAUGCUAAAGCUGGUAAAAUGGCGCUUAUAGUCGAAGAGCGAAUGGCAAAGGAUAACAUAGAGUUAGAUGAAGAAACGCACGACCUUAUGCGACUAACCAGCAGGAUGUGUGUGGCUUAAGCCUCGAGCAGUGUUUCCUAGCCAAAUAUGGCUGCGCAAUUGCCUCUAGUGUCGAUCUAAGAUCUCAUCAGCAUCUCUUCCACAAGGUCAAACACAGAAGAAGCAAUAAACGAUACAGAUGAUGAAUUUGAUCAGUGUGGGGAUAAAUAGUCUUCGAACUCAUGGCGAAGAGAAGUCUUGAGAGCGGUAUACUCUUCAAAAGCUUGGUCAUUUGAGUGGCGCGUGGAAAGCAACGUUUUUGGCAUAGGAGAAACGUCAAGGUACAUCAUCCCAAUUAGAUUUUAAACCGUGUCCAGUAUGUCCCGUUGAGUCUAGGAUGAUAUGAACAUUUGGGGAUUGGACCUUUGAGACUUGAGGGAAAGUGUUCAGUUAGAAAAUUACAAUUUUGUAGAAACUGAUGAUGUGUCUUUUGAUGGGUAUUUGAAUGAUUUUUGGGAAUUAACAUUGUUGAAUUAUUGUUC